GAACAAUAAAACAUUGCAUAAAUAACACACGAAGAUGGACGCUUUUGUCGAAAUAUUCUUAAAAAUCGACACAAAUUAUGAUGGUAUAAUUACAAGAAGAGAAUUAGAAGAAUAUACACAAGAGAAUCAUCUUGAUCCAUUAAUGAUUGAGAGAUGGGAAAAAUUAUUCACCGAAGAAGGAAAAAAUUAUAUCACAUUGCAGAACUUUUUAGAUGUCUUGGGCAUCGCGAAAGAAGAAUUUAAUAAACAAAGGCGACAAACAAUUGAACAACAAUCAACAUUCUUUAAACUUGGUAAAGAUAUUGAAUAUAUAGCUGGAGAUAUGGUUUUAUCACAACAGAUCAAUGUUAGCAAUGAAACACGUUCAUUAUUACAAGAGCAUGGAAGUGAUAAUACAAAAUUUAUUGCUAAAAGGCUUAAAGAAUUUUUAGAUAAGACAUUUAGUAGAUCAUGGCAUGUUAUGAUAUUGAAUGGUUCAUUUUGGAGUUCAUAUUCACAUGAACCGGGUACUGCAUUCCAUUUUAAAUUGAAAGAUCAAUGUUUCAAUGUUUGGAAGACACCAGAUUAUUCUCAAUAUUAUCAUUAAAGUAAACAAGUGGAAAAUUAAUUGUCUAACACACUCUUUAGUCUUUUUUUUUCUCUUUGAUUAUAUUUCUGUAUUAUCAUUCUGAA